GGCUGGGAGCUGGGCUCUUCCCCCAUCGCCAGCUUCCUGCUCCAGCCCAGUAUAAGGGGCUGGCACGGCUGGACCAGGCAGAGCUCCCCGGACUGGUGGCUGUCACAGAGCUCCACCCAAGAUGAAGCUGUCCCUGGUCCUGUCACUUGCCCUGCUAGGGGCCGUCUCUGCUCACCAGCUCGAUGCAGGUGCCCUAGAGCAGGAGAUCCCGGAUGAAGAGGGUGAGGAGGAGUCUGGGGAGCCAGAGCCACCCUGCCCCACGGAGAGUGAGAUCGUCCGGAUGGUCGUGCCAGGCACUGGGGGCCGCACCUACCGCUAUGUGUUUGUGAGCAGUUGCCAGACUUUUAGGGGUGCCCAGCGUCAGUGCUCCCGCUGCUACCACGGCCGCCUGGCCUCCAUCCACAGCCGUGCGGGCCACCAGACCCUCCUGACCCCAGGGCCUGCUCAGCUCCUGCCCUUCAGCCUGAGCUUGUGA